UCCCCAUCAUCCCUUCUCCUCACCAUCCCUCCCUCCAUCUUCCCCACUAUCCCUCCAUCCAUCCAUGUAUCCAUCCAUCCAUCCAUCCAUCCAUCCAUCCAUCCAUCCAUCCAUCCAUCCAUCUCUCCCCUCCCUCCCCCCCCGCGGUGGGAGCGGCCCCUUUAAGCGCGGCAGUGACGUCAGGGGCGGGCACAGCUGGCGCUGGCGUGCCGCCCGCGCGCACAGCUGGCGGGGGGGCACAGCUGCACUGCGGCCGCGCGCUGCCGGUGCCACAUGGCUCCGGCCGGCGCCCUCCGGGACCUGACGCUGGCCCUGGGGGCCGCCGUGGCCGCCCUCGGCUCCCUCCUGUUCAUCGCCUGGAAGAUCUACUUCCGCGGCACCGGCACCGGCACCGACUGGGGCGGCUGGUGGGAGCGGGAGCUGCGGGAGCUGCGGGACCGAGAUCCCCCCGGCGACGCGCUGGACUGGCGGCAGGUGCUGGUGCUGGGGCUGGAUGGGGCAGGGAAGAGCAGCGUCCUGCACUACAUCUGCAGCCAGACGGCCAGGGAGCGCAUCGCACCCACCCGCGGCUUCAACUCUGCCCAGCUCUAUGUCGAGGGGCUGGAGAUGGACCUGCUGGAGGUGGGCGGCAGCCAGAACCUGCGAGCGUACUGGCCCCACUACCUGAGCCAGGCACAUGUGCUGGUGUUCGUGGUGGACUCGGUGGACAGGUCGCGUCUGCUGAUGGCGCGCCAGGAGCUGCACGCGCUGCUGGCCGCAGAGCCCCAUCUGCCCCUGGUCGUGCUGGCCAACAAGCAGGACAAGAGCGAUGCCCUGAGUGCAGCAGAGCUGCGGGAGGAGCUGGCCCUGCACACGCUCUGCGAGCAGCGGGAGCUCUUCCUCCUGCCCACCAGCGCGACCUGGGCCAGCUUGAGCACCGCCACCAGCGUCCUCCGUGUGAAGAGCCUGCUGGUCACCCUGCUCUCCCAGCCCUGAGCCCGCACAGGGGGCAGAAAGGAUCCCACCCCCAGCACGGCCCCUCUCUGGGAAGCACGGAACAAGGACGGAAGUGGCUGGGUGGGAGCCCUGGAGCUCAGACUCGCUGGUAGCAGGCUGCUGGCCCUGGGGCAUUUGCUGCACCCCAUGAGGUUUCAGGUUGAGCUCGGCACGGCUGCCCUCUGGGAACACGAGCAGCGGGCUCUGCUCUCUGCCACAUGGAGAGGGCAGCUGCCUCCCCCAGUUCAGGGACGAAACCUCCCUUGGGAUGGAGGCACAAGCGCAGCGUUUACCUUCUGGUGAGUGGGAAUGUGCAGCACAGGGCAGGGCCCCGCAUCUUCACGGCAGUCCUGCAGGAUAUUAAAUGAAUGGGGCUGAACAAGUGAGGAGGCCCUCUUGCCCACGGGCAUGGACAGGUCAUCCCAGGAGAUGGGCUCUCCUUCCCAAAAACAUGAAGAGUUACUGCUGGCACAGCCCAGCACUGCAGUCCUGCCAGUACGGCACACACCGAUGGGAAUAACCAGCUCAGGCUGUCCCUCACUGGGGCUAAGCACAGCCCUCGAUUCCCCCAACCCUAUUUAAAACCCUGUUUAGGAGAGAUGAAGACAGGUACGGGGCAGCCCUGCACAGCCCCUUCACCCUGAACAGGCCUAAGGAUGGGCUGUUUGGUAGGAGCUGUGCUCAGCAGGCGUUUGCCCCCCCCUGCCUGGUCUCCCUCCCUUUCAGCUGCCCCAGGGAGAAAGGGAAGGAGCUGGGCUCAGGGCCCACUGGAAGUCCUGCCUGCAGGCAGAAGGGCCGCUGGGUCAGGCCAUGGGCACUGGGUCCUGGAAAACUUAUUGGGGAAGCUGGGGAGCACAUCAGGGAAAAGGAGUAUGUGCCGGCCGGUCUCUGCUGCGAAACCUUUCGUACAGUCGCACCUUCCCUUGUCAAUAAAGGCGGCUGAUCACUCUGCA